GACGCUCCCUAGGUAGGAGUAGGCGCCUGGGAAUUUGCACACAGUCCCUUAUGUGCGGCUGUCCAAUCAGAGCAAGGGAAGUUUUGUUUCCGGGAAUGUUUGGUGAUGUGGCUAAGCUCUGACAUCCAUCCGAGGAAAUAUAUCAAAUAAAAAGCACAUACAUUUACCUGGGGAGCACUCGCACAGUGCCAGCUUUAUGUUGAGCCGUCUGGCCACAGUCCUCCAGGAGCUCUCUGGAGAGGAGGCCCCAGAUGGAGACCCACAGGGCAUGCUGGUGCCUCAGCUCGCCGCCGGAGAGAGCCAGGCUCCAGUGGAGUCUGGGGCACCUGAGGAGGUCGUGGAGAGGCUGGCCCACAUGGAGCAACUGGUGGUCCAGCUGAAGGAGCUCAUCCGAGAGAAAGACACCCAGCUCGUCCAAAAGGACACUGAGCUGUCGAAGAAAGAUGCACAGCACAAGAGUGAGAAAGAAGAAGCCGAGGCUCGCUUCACCAAACUCAAACUGCAGGCCAAAGCCAAGAUGGCUUCACUAAACAAACAGAUCACUGAGCUGAAAGGACAAGAAGGAGCGACACAGAGUCCAGACAGCUCUUUCACAGGAGCCGGUGCCGCAGUCGAGGAGGAGCUCCAGGAACUGAAGAACAAGCUGAGCAAGGAGGAGGCCAACAGCAGGGAGCUGCAGGAGCGACUCAACGCCACAGAGCGGCUGCUUCAAGAGAAGGAAGCUGCACAUGCUGAAGAGUUGCAGAAACUGCAGGCUGUGGUGUGUGAGAAGGACGUGCGCUUCCAGGAACAGAUCCAGAAACAUGAGGAGGAGCUGCUGAGGGUCACAACACAGUCUCAGAGUGACGGCGAGCUUCAGCAGGCCCUGCACACAGCGCAGAGACGUUGCGAAGAGCUGGAGGAAGCCUUGAACUCUCGAUCACAAGUCCUGGAAAUGCUGCAGCAGGAAGUGAGCAGUGCAGAUCAGCAAAAACAGAUCUUGACUGCACAGUUCCGGCAGAUGGAGCAGGAGCUGACCGAGGCCGUCAAGCAGAGGGAGGAGGACAGGCAGCAGUGGGCCGAACAGGCCAGCAGGGCCGACGCAGAAGUAGCGGCCCUCCGAACCAGCCUGGCGGACUUGGAAACGGAGAGAACGAAGGCGGCGAGGCAAGAGGGCGAGCUCGCCUCCCUGAGACAGGCAGAGCAUGUUAGUCGGGAGGCUCUGGAGAAGGAGAGGAUGGAAGUUGCCAGAUUGGAGAGGGAACUGUCUCUGAUGAAAGAGGCUGAGCUCGCAGCCGUUCAAGCGAGCCGUGAUGCUUCAGAGUGCGACAGAGCGGAAAUAGUCCGUCUUGAAAGUGAACUCGCAUCGAUGAGGGAGGCAGCUGUCCAUGCCCACCAGGACGCCUCCGAGAGGGAGAAAUCAGAAGUUGAUAAACUGGAGCGAGAGCUGGCGUUACUGAAGAAGGAACACGAAGAUGCCCAGAGGAAGAGUGACAUCCUGGGUGAAAUUUGGAGACAUCUACGUUCUCUGGCUCAGGAGGAUGUGCAAGCAGCAGAGGAAGCCCCCGUCCCUGCUGACCUCUCCCUGCUCCUGGACACUGUGCAGUCUAUUGAGUCACAACUGACAAGCCUGAAACGUGAACGCAGUGAGAGUGAGGGACGCUGUGCAGAGCUCACCCACUCCAUGGAGACCCUUCAGGAACAACUGGACAUAAAAACGACAGAACAGGAGGAAACCACCGCCAAGAUUCAACAACUGGAGCAUCAGAUUGUAACGAUGUCUGAAAAGGAUGAUCUGACAGAAGCAGCAGCACAGGAUUCAUCUGAAGCUAAUAAAGCACACAUACAGGAGCUGGAGCAGCAGCUUUUAGAAAAAGACAAUGAGCUGGUUGCCCUGCGAGAGUCCCUCAGACUGGCUAAAGAGCAAAGCUCCAGUGAAGUUGCAUCAUCAAGCUACGAUCAGACUCCAGAUCAGGGUCAGGAUGACAGCUCUGCAGCCCUGCAUGACCUCAUGGAGGAUACACAAGAAGAGGAGACCACCUUAGUUGCUGAGGACACCUCAGUCCUCUCCAUUCCUGCUGAUAAUGAGAGCAGCCCAGAGCUUAUUGGACACCAGUCUGAGUCCCCAGAGGAAUCCAAAGGGACCUCCUCAGACGAGAUGGUCGCCAGUAGUGAUUCAGAGGUGGCUCACAGCAGCUGGACGCUCCUGGAAGCUGUCAAUCAAGAUGGAGGCCAGGAGUGGCCGUCCAUGCUGCAGGACUUUGGCCAGCUGCAGCUGCAGUCAUGGGAGGCGACGAGCAUGGAGCAAGAAACCUCCACAGUUCAAGCUGAGUCCUCCUCUGUCAUCAUCCGAGAAACGGUACAAGUUCAUGUAACUCAGCAGAGCUCUUCCACCACAGAUGCUAGCAUGUCCUCCGGCCAGGUCUUUGCUCAGGCCUUAGCCGAGGAACUUCAGAAGAGGUACAGUGAGCUUUUGGCUGAGCUUCAGAGGCUCAGAGACGCAGCUGCAGAGUCACAGGAGAAAAUCAAGAGCCUGGAAGAAGAAACUCAGUCCCUUACUGCUGCGAAAGAAAAGGCUGAGUCCCAGGCACAUAGCGUUACAGAGGAACUUAAGUCAGCCAGAGAGGAGUUGGACAAGCUCUCUGAGCAAAGCAGCACUGGUGUGGAGAAACAAAGUGUUGAAAUGCAACUCCUAGAGGAACAGAUUGAAAUUUUAAGCUCUGAAAGUAAAACAAAGGAAGACAAGAUCCAAGCGCUGCAGGCAGAUCUGGAAACAGCUCGCCAAGCUUUCUCUGAGCAGGAGGGGCAGGUCAGGAUGCUGAGCGCUCAGCUGGAGGACAGAGAGCUCCUCUCUUCUGAGCUUGAAAGGAGGCUUCAAGAGAUGGAAAGCAGCAUGUUGGAAUACUCUCAGACAUCAGAGCUCAACAACGACACUCUGUCCAAGAAGGACACGGAGAUCAGUGAGCUACAGCUCCGCCUCAGCCAAAAGGAGCAAGAGGUGAUGGAGCUCAGUGAUAGUAUGUCUGCCAAACUCCUCCAAGCAGAGGAAGAGAAGUUCCAGAUAGACAGUGAAGUCAGUAAACUGAAGGGGCAGAUUGUGGAGCUGGAGAGAGUCCGAGACGAGAAAGAGACAGUGAGUUCUGAGGACUCCACUGUUCAUGUAGAUGAUGACCUCACGAGUGUGCGAAAGGAGAAAAAAGUGCUGGAAACCCAACUGGCAGCCACAAAGAAGAAGUUGCAGGCUGCACUUGUGCAACGCAAAGAGCUCAUGAAGAAGGUUGCUGAAUUUGAGGUAGAAGCAAAGAAAUGGAAAGAGCGCGACGAAACAGCAAAGGAAGAAACUCCUGCUGACAUUCCAGCGGUAGAACAAUCCAGAGGACACGAGAUUCAGGAAAUGGAGGCUAAACUCUGUGAACUCCAACAAGCUUUAAGGUCCAAAGAGGAGGCAGUUGGGACUCUUGAGCUGAAAAUUAGCCAGCAGGAUCAAGUUCUCACCGAAACACUCGCUCUGAAUAGAAAGCUAAGUGAAGAAGCCGAAAACUCUCAGCAGGCACCUGACAGUUCUAAUGAAACGACUGCGUUACAGACCCAAGUGGCCUCUCUUGAAACAGAGUGCGAAACCCUUCAAAAGAAAGUUCAAGAGGCCCAGGAGUCUCGCAAGGAAACCAUCCGCAAAGCGAAAGAGAAAGACAGGCACCACCGUGAGCAGCUGAAGCAGCAGAAAGAAGAAUACAGCGAGCUCUUGGAGCGUUUUGAGAUGCAGAGCGGCGAGCGAGAAGUCCUCCUGACUAAACUGAGAGAAUUGGAAGAAAAGGCAAUGGCUGAAAAGGAACCUCACCAAGAGACGAAGCAACUGGUUGACAGUCUGGCAAAGCAAGCAACGAGUGAGUGGGUCCAGGAGGACUGGGUGGAUUUUGCCACAUCUGAGACAGAUUCGUCGCGACCACAAUCCAGCGAUCCAGUUCAGCAUCCUGCAGAGAAGACCGACGUCUUUUCUGCACAGGUGGAGGAAUCUGUGAAAGCUCUCAGAGUAGAGAUUCAGACUCUGCAGGUUGCUAACACAGAGCUAGAGAAGCAGCUGCAGGAAACUCACAGCAGUUUGUCCCUGAAGGAGGCUGAAAUACUGGAACUAGGCAAAGAGCUACAGACACUAAGAGAAAAGGAAAGACAGAUUGAUGCACUCUCAGAGGAGAUUAAUGAUCUCAGAGAAAAGUAUCACCAAGCUGAGUCUUAUGCUGAAACCCUGAAAGCAGAGAUGGCAGCUGCAGCCGAAGCAGCAUCUGCGGACUCUACGUCCUCCGUUACAACUCUUCAGACUGAAAUGGACGACCUCAAGCAGUUCCUUGACAGUAAGAAUCACGAAAUCAUGGAGCUAAGCCAGCAGCUGAGCGAGCAGAACUCUCUCAUACACUCAAUGCAGGACACAGUGUCUCAGAAGGAUCAGCUCAUAUCAUCUUUACAGGAGGAACUGAAGGCUGAGCAAGAGAAAUCCCAAAGGUUAGAGGUCGAGGUUCCACUGAAGCAGGAGGAAGAAAAAGACAGUGAGGCAAAGAUCCAGCAGCUUCAACGGAAGCUUCAGGCUGCGCUGAUCUCUCGCAAAGAGGCCUUGAAGGAGAACAAAAGCCAGAAGGAGCAAAUUGCUUCAACUGAGAAGCUUCUGGCCGAACUGCAGCAGAAAAUGGAGUCAGCAGAGGAUGAGCUGGAGAAGCUGAGAGGGGAAAGAGUUAGACUGAUUGAUGAGGUUGACCGGACAUUACUGGAAAACCAGAGCUUGGGAUCAUCCUGUGAGAGCCUCAAACUGGCCAUGGAGGGCAUACUGAGCGAGAAAGAUGCCUGUAAGAGAGAAGUGGAGCUGGCGAAAGAAGAGGCCACCAGAAGCUGCAGAGAGUGGGAGGAAAAGGUCCAAGGCAUGAAGGAUGAGUACGAGACUCUGCUCAAGUCGUACGAGAACGUGAGCGACGAGGCAGAGCGAGUGAGACGAGUCCUGGAAGCCGCCAGGCAGGAGAGGCAAGAGCUCGCAGCCAGGGUGAGGACGCAUGAGGCUGGGAGGCAGGAAGCUGAAAGACAGGCGGAAGAGGCACAGAAGGAGGUGGAUUCAGUCAAAGACAAGAUGAGGAAGUUUGCUAAAACGAAGCAGCAGAAAAUACUGGAGUUAGAGGAGGAGAAUGAGAGACUCAGAGAGAUGCAGGACAAGACUGUAGUAAAACGAGAGGACAGGGCUCAUAAAGCUGAGGUGGAGAGACUUCAAGAGGAGCUGGGGGCUCUGAAAACUGAGUUGGAUGCUACAGUGGCAGAAAGAGACUCUUUAGGGCAGCAGAUUGAAGAGUUGAGGGAACAACUUGCCCAAACAGGAGAGAAAGAUGACACUGUGAUUCAGGCUGCUGCCGCUGUUGUAGAAGAGGUUGUCACUGCACAGCAGUCAGACAUAACUAUGACCAAAGCAGAGCCUAUUGAGAGUCAGAACGAAGACAAAGAAAGACAAGAUGAAGAGACAGCAGCUGAUCAGAUAGCUGCAGUGAAUGCACCAGAAACACUUUCACAACUUAUUGAGGAAAAAGAAAAAGCAGAAAUGACUGAGAGUGUUCAGGCCAUGUUAGAGGCUAAGAUAAGGGAGAUGGAGGCAGCUGUUAAUGCAGAGAGGGACCAGUGGAAGGAACUGGAGGCUGGACUGAAAGCUGAACUGGCCUCUCUUGAGCGAGACCUUCAGGAGAGUAAAGAGAAGGAGAGCGACGUGGCCGCUCUGGAGAAGUGCGUCCAAGAGGGCAAAGAGAGCGAAAAGAGCCUGAUUGAAGAGGGUUCAAAGAGAGAGGCUCAGUUCAAAGAGCUGCUCAAAAGCCUUGAAACUGAGAAGGACAACCUGGAGGAGCGUCUGAUGAACCAGCUGGCUCAGCUAAACGGGAGCAUCGCCGGCUACCAGCAAGAGGCCUCAGACCACCGGGAGCACCUCGCUGAGUUGCAGCGGGAGAUGGAGAGGCUGGAGAGGGAGCGAGCGGAGCUGGAGGCUAAGGCUCAGAGCGAGAGCGACCGCGCUGCCAGGCUGGAAGAGGACAUGAGGCAAGCUCAGAGAGAAAGAGCCGAAGCCGAAGCAGAGUCUGGUAAGCAGAGGGAGCUGGAGCAGCAGCUGAGGUCUGCUCAGAGGGUCAGGGAAGGCAGUCAGAGCAGAGCACGUCAGCUGGAGGAGCUGUUGAGGGAGAAGCAGCUGGAGGUCCGUCAGCUGCAGAAGGACUGCAUCAAGUACCAGGAGAGGAUCAGCGAGCUGGGUAGAGAAGCUAAGGCGCUGCAGCUCAGCCAUGAUGAGCUCCAAAACAAACUGGAGCAAUCCCAACUGGAGACUUCCAAAACUAUAGAUGACCUGAAGAGGACUGAAGCAGAGUUGGAUAGCUGUAAAUCUCAGCUGAAUGAAGCCGAGAAGCAGGCGAGUGAAGCUUUAGCUGCGAAAACAGCCCUUGAACAGAACGCCCAGCAGAAAGAGGCCUCGAUGAAAGCCGAGGCAGAGCAAACCCUCGACUCUGUGAGAUUCAGGCUUGGAGCUGAGCUAAAAGAGAUGGAGCUGAGACUUGAAGAGGUAGAAAGAGAAAGGGAAAAGGAAGAGGAAGCCACACUAGAGGCCAGAGAGGUCGCAGAAGGAGCCGAGAGACGCGCCCAGGAGAUGCAAGCCCGUCUGGAUGAGUCUCUGGCCAGGUUAGCUGCCUUCUCGCGCUGCAUGUCCUCACUGCAAGACGACCGGGACAGAGUUUUGGACGAGGCCAAACAGUGGGAGACUCGCUUCAAGGAUGCCCUGCAGGGUAAGGAGGCUGAAGUGCGGGAGGCUGAAACAAAGACCAAGGAAAUGGCAGAGCAGCUUCAGAAAGAAUCUGCCCUGAAAGAGGAGCUUCAGCUUUCAGUGGACAGACUGGAGAAAGCAGACAAAGACUGGCAGCUGAAACUGGCAGAGGAGGAAAAGAAAGUCACAGAGAGCCAAGCUGCCCUGGAGGAGGAGAGGAGCAAGCUUCAGCAAACUACAACCGAGCUGCAGUCUGCACAAAAUGAAGUCCGUGCCUUGAAGACUGAGGUGGAGAGUCUCGUUCAGAGGGCCAGAGCUCUGGAGGAGGCUGUGGGUCGGCUGCAGGGUGAAGUCGACCAGGCCAGGACUGAGCUGAGGGAGAGGGAGGCAGAGGAGAGGCGGCUGUGUCUGAACGUGGAGCAGCUGGAGACAGACCUGAGGUCCUCUAAGGCCCUGACAGAGAGUCUGCAGACUGAGUUACAUGAGAAGGAAAGGAGAGAGGUGGAAAUGCUGGGGGAGAAGGAGCAAGCUGUUGCUCAGGCUGCAGAGGAGGCCAGAAAGGAGGCUGACAGCAGGGCACAGGAAGCUGAGGAGGAGCUGGAGCAGAGGAGAGGGGAAGUGCGGGAUCUGGAGGAGAAACUGCGAAAGGCAGAGGAGGAGAGCAACAACAGAAAAGCCAGACUGGACUCUUUCAUGAAGGCCAUGGGCUCGUUGCAGGAUGACAGAGACAGAGUCAUGAACAUGUACAAACAGCUGGAGGAGAAACACCUGCAGGUGAUGAUGGAGAAGGACGGUCUGAUCCAGGAGGCAGCAGGGGAGAACAACAGCCUGAAAGAAGAGCUGCGCUCUCUGCUGGUCCAGAGAGACGACCUGUAUGCUGAGAAGGCCCAGCUGUCUGCUCAGCUUCACGGCUACCGCGAUGAACUGAACCAAGUCCUGAGCAUGAAGGACUCCCAACACAAACAGGUCCUGGCAGCUCAGCGAGGGCGAAUCGCUUCACUGGAAAAGCAACGCGAGGAAUUGGAACGUCAAUUACAGAGCGUUAGCAGCGCCAAAGAGACAGAAGUAGAGGCAGUCAGAGUGGAAAGGGAGACUCUUAGCCAGGCUGCUGACCUUAAGACAACACCACAGGUGAUAGAUGCCCCUGGUGCAGAGGUGGAGAAGCUGAGGGAGCAGCUGCAAGCAGCGAGAGAACAGGUGGAGGUUUUGGAGGAGAGCUUACAGAAGGAGAGACAAGAGCAUGAGAGCAAGAGCAAAGAGCUUGCCGAGCUGCAAUGGGAGGGAGGUGUGAUGCGGACAGAGUCAGAGAGCGCUCAGGAGAGGGUGGCAGAGCUGGCCAGAGACUUGCUGGCUGUCGAACAGAGUCUGCUGGAGGAGAAAGAGAUGACGACAAAGCUGAGAGCGGAGAACGAGUCGUUCUCAAAAGCCAUGGCCUCCCUCCAGGACAGCAGGGACCAGGCAGUGAACAAAGCCCAAGAAAUGAGCCUGAAGCUGGAAGAGAUGAGCAGGGCAGGUGGCCACGCAGCACACAGCAGCCCGGGAGGCUCCACUGGAGAAGUGUGGGGGCUGAAGAACGCACUACAAGCCCUGCAGAAUGACAGGGAGAGACUGCUGGAGCAGCUUCAAACACAGACGUCUGAGCUGAAAAAGCAGAAGUCGGAGCUGGCCCGACUGGGAGCAGGAGAGCUGAUUAAAGUCAGCCAGGAGCUGUUUGAGGAGAAGAAGAAGAAUGAAGACAUGCUGGGUGCUGUAGUGCAGCUGGAGAAUGUGGUGGAAAUGGGCAAGCAGGAAAUAGAAACUCUCAGACUGGAGCGUGUCGACUGGAUGGCUCAGGCAGAGCAGCUGAAGCAGCAGACCCUCGCCACGCUCUCAGAGAGGGACCAACAACUGCGGCAACUCUCCGCCAUGCUGGAGGAAGCCCGCACUCACAAGCCCAAACUUCAGCAGGAAGCCUAUCAAAGAGAGGGUACAGAGGAGGUGGACAGCGCUCCUGGAGCCCCACAGGAGCGAAGCAGCCUGGUAGACAGCAGCACCUACAUAGCUGAGGUCAAAGAGCUACAGAGAAGGCUGGAUGACGAAAUGCAGCAGAGGGUGUCUGCUGAGGAGCAGCUGCUGGCCGUGCAGGAUCGACUCAAACGUCACAGCCAGACGAAAUGGCACUCCGCACACGACGAGGAUCACUCAGAGACUGCUGUCCUUAUCGAGCCAGAAGGAGUUGUCACUCGAACUCGAAGGAGCAGCCCGGGUUUGAUGCGGAUGCUCCGAGUGGCCUUCUGCUCCCGCCAGCGCACCCCUCUGCUGUUCAGCCUCUAUCUGCUCACCGUGCACGUCCUGCUGCUGCUGUGUCUGGGCGGAUACCUCUGAAACCAGCUCCUUUAAAAAAAAAGAAAACUCACAGAUAAGAGACAGAGAGAGGAGGGGAGAGAAAAUGGAAGUGUGACACAGACCUAACCCAAGCCAUCAAUAUGUUUUAUAUUGUGACAUGUAAUGAGUUAUACAAGGGUGUGAGGGAAGUUCGACACACAAACAUUGCACUUUACAGGACUUAGUCUUUUAGCCAAAGUAUGUGGAGUUAAAUAGGAAGCUGUUGUCAUUGGUUUUAAAUUUGAGGGAAACCCAAGCAGAGGGGACAUAAAGGGACUAAUAUGUCUGUUUAAAAAUCAGUGGUUUUAGUGGGUAAAAAUGUAGAUUCGUAAUCAAGUGUGUUGGCAGAUGGUGUUCUUCAUGUGCCUUUAGAUAUGAACAUAAAAGGGUCACUUUAAGUUAGAGCAGAAGUCGGACAUUUUGGGGACUAAGCUACAGGUUUUGUUAAAUAUGACGCCACAGUCAGAGUGGUGUCCAUCUUGUCAUGUUACACCUCUUCUAACAUACAGAUGGAACGCAAGCAAGUGUCCAGAUGUACUCAGAGCAUGGAUUUAUUAUAAUACCUUGAUAUCCUAUGUCAAGAUGGCGCCUAUUGAUUCCAAUGGAACGGCUCGCCUGGUACGUAGAGACAAGUAUAGCUGCAGACACAUUACAUUUGUAGCGUACACGACAUUCCCAGCGCCCACCACGAGUAUUAAACAAACCCAACAUCAGGGCGGUUAUCCGAACCCUGCUGCAACACAGAGUAGUGAAUAAGGCUCAGAUGAAAGUCUUACCUUACCCUAACUGUAAUCACCUCUCUUUUACAUUACUACUUCAUAGCUAGGUAAUCGCUAGCAUAGCAUUUUUGGCCUCUGCUGGUUGAUAGUGGAUUGACGUGUAAGUAUGGUGGGUGAGUCACAUAGCUGCUUCAGCUGCAGUUACCUACUACCUACUUGAGCUCAUAUGCCAAAAAAAAGUUCUUCUACAUUUACUUCAACAGUAUGCAGCUCACUGAAUAUGCGCAGUAGUGUUUCUCCCGCUGGCUCCACCCACAAGUUCCCGCUCGGCUUGUGUACUUUACAUUGUGAUGACAUCACAGAUUUUUGAAUCCCUUUUCUCGGCUCCAGGAAAGUUUUACAACUAUGGAACCUCCAUGGGUCGAAAAGUUCUACAGCUAUACAGACGUCUCUUUUAUAAUGGUGGCCUAUGGGGGAAAUGCUUUUUAGGACACAGAGGAUUUUUGUUGCUGGAAAACUGAGAGUGGCCACUUGGGAACAAUUGGCUGCAAGGCUGAGUGGCUUUCCUGGGGGCCUGAUUACGAGCAACAACAUUCAGGGAGCGCAGUGGGCCCCAAGUGAGCCUCAGAAACAGCUUUCUAUUGCUCUGAAGAUAAAUUGGAGGCAAAAUAGAGCCAGAGCAAGCAGUUUUUCAACAAGCGACACCUUGCGGAGCCUUUUCGUGAGCCUUUUCGAGCUCAUGACCUGAUGUGAAUUAAUUUAGGGGUCUUUGACAUGAAAAAGACUGAGAACCACCGGGUUAGGACAUCUUCACCGGGAAACUGUGAAACAAUUUAAUGGUUGUUCGCUUACUGGUUUGCUUUGCGGCCAGGCAGGAACAGGUCUCGCUCGACUCGCAGCAUUUCUCUGACCUUAGGACACACUCAGCAGAACAGGUAAGCACUCCAUCACUAAACCCAGAAACCAAAAGGCAGAGGAAAAGACAGUGGAUGACUUCACAGAUUUUGUUUUAUUACACCAGAUCCCAGUGAAGAUGUCCUGACCUGCUUCAUGCGUCAGUGUCGCUUGUUUGAUGAACCACUCACCCUGGCUCUGUUUUGGCGAAGCUUCACGCACCUCCAACCUGCUUUUAAAACACCAAACUGUUGCUUAGGUUCGCUCAGGGCCCUGAAUGCAUUCUGUAUGUUUGGAGGAGGUGUAACUCUCACCUGAAAGCGAAAAGCCUUUUUCCCAAAAUGUGAUUUUUAUUUAAAGAUGGCUUGAGGUUCAGGAUGUGCUGUUAUAGUCCAGUCUCUUCCUCUUCUACUCAUUUCAUGCACAAAAACGGAGCACAGUGCAAUUUCUGUUCUUACACAUUCCUGUUGUGUUUUCAUUUCUCUCUUCUUUUCUUCUUCUAUAAAUCAGUGGGAGCAUUAUAUUGAUAUUUGUACAUAUAUGUAUAUGUAUGAUGCACAUCAGCUGGAUGUGGGUUUUCCCCUCGUACAUAUCCAAAAAUAUUCCCUGUCCAUGCUUGUGUUGCACAGAUUUAGAUUUUACAGUGUGCUCUGUAGUUUUUAUGGCAGGUGAAGCUGCCGUUCAGGUGCAAUGUUACCACAGUGUGGACUCAUUCCAGAGGAGAAAGACUGCUGUGUUUUCUAAUGAUAUCCAUCCCAUCAUAAACUACUCGGAUGUAGCAUAAUUUAUUGCCCAUAACAGUUACUAUGGUCCACCUACGCAUAUAUCGACAUCAUUCUCUUCAUUAUUUAAUCGCUCUCUGUUGGUGAAAAGAUUCCUCUGUACUCGUAUUCUUUUAACGUUCAUGUCCUUCACGUCGUACACAAACUUCAUCUGUAAAUAACUGUUUUAAAAAAGGGCUGUAUAGAAAACUAAAAUGUAAUAAAAGUGUUGGUGGUUUAGAUCAGGGACAGAUCCUGUCAAACAUGUUCAUUUGUGUCUGUCGAACAAAAACAGACAUCGGGACUUUUGUUCUUUUUAUUUUGGGCUCAGUUACUUUUCAGUUCAGUGAUUUUAAACACGUUGGGGGUUUUUUUCUCUUUAUUUGUGAAGUCAUUAAGAAUAAAUGGGUCGUCAUUAAUCAGUGAUUUUGAGUGAGUUUCAGCAAACGUUUAUACAUGUGGGUCAUGAUAAACUGAUGUUUUAAAAUGCUCACAGUUAAGUGCUGGUCUUAUAAACACUACAGUGCUUCUCUAUGUGGGAGAAAGCAUCAUGUAAACACACUGUCUGUGCUGUUACUUAAAGGUCUGGUGUGAGGGAUUUAGCGGCAUCUAGUGGCUCAAGUUGUGGACUGCAACCAACUGAAACUUAACACCAUGUGGCAACCAUGUAGAAGAACUACGACGGCUGAUGCAAUAAUGGAAAUGGCCCUAUUUAGAGUCAGUGUUUGGUUUGUCUGAUUAUUACACACUUAAGAAAACAUACUUAUAUUUUUGCCAAUAUACCCCUCUAAAUCCUGAACACUGGACCUUUAACUCACCAUCACUUUUUGCAGCAGUGCUCAAAGCACAUAAUAAAGACUAAACAUAUUCAUAUCA